CUGUGGACGGUCAGGUUUUUGUGUUUGUGAUGGCACACAAGGAGUCGGUACCCAUGGAGGAGCAGGACACCAGAGUCCCAGCCCUGGAGCCAUUCAGGGUGGAGCAGGCACCGCCUCUAAUCUACUAUGUCCCCGACUUCAUCUCUAAGGAAGAAGAGGAGUAUUUGCUUCGACAGGUUUUCAAUGCCCCAAAGCCAAAGUGGACCCAGCUGUCUGGAAGAAAGCUGCAGAAUUGGGGUGGGCUCCCCCAUCCCCGGGGAAUGGUUCCUGAGCGACUUCCUCCAUGGCUUCAGCGCUAUGUGGACAAAGUGUCUGACCUCAGCCUUUUUGGGGGUCUCCCAGCUAACCAUGUCCUUGUGAACCAGUAUCUGCCUGGGGAGGGCAUCAUGCCUCAUGAAGAUGGACCACUGUAUUACCCAACCGUCAGCACCAUCAGCCUGGGCUCCCACACUGUCCUUGAUUUCUAUGAACCUCGGCAGCCAGAGGAUGAUGUCCCCAUAGAACAGCCCCGGCCGCCUCCACAGCCCAUCACCUCGCUGCUGGUGGAACCGCGCAGCCUGCUGGUGCUCCGGGGCACUGCUUACACUCACCUGCUCCACGGCAUCGCAGCCACUCAUGUGGAUGAGCUGAAUGCCGCCUCGCUGCCGCCCAAUGCAGCUGCGUGCCAAUCGGCGCUGCCCGGAGCCCACUUGGUGCGCGGCACCCGCGUCUCCCUGACCAUUCGCCGCGUGCCCCGCGUGCUGCGCGCCAGCCUCCUGCUGAGCAAGUGAAGCUCAAGUCCUGCCGGUUCUGUGGCCUUGGAACCCUAGGGUAGAGGUGGCCGUCCAGGGUUAUUUAUUUUUCCAGUAACUGUGGAAACCGUGGAGAGGACGCCGUUCCAAAUAAACCGAAAAUACCUUU